AUGACCUUUCUUUUUUUUCUAUCAAUCGUAAUUGUAUCAUCUGUUCAUUCUUUCUUUCUUCCUAAGUCAUAUAAGCUGUGUCACCUGAUCUGUUUUCUUUAUUGUUUCUUUCUUUUUAAUCUUUCUUCUAUUCUUUUCUUUCGUGCGUUCCUUUCUCUUUCUUUCUUUUUUUGUCAUUUGAUCAUUUUUCUUCCAUUCUUUCUUUCUUUCUUUCUUUCUUUCUUUGUAAAUCAUAAUUAUGUCAUUUUAUCAUUUCUCUUUCAUUCUUUCUUUCUUUCUUUCUUUCUUUCUUUUCACAGAUUUGAUCUAUUUUCGAUCUUUCUUUCGUUCGAUCUCUCUCUUUCUGCUUUUCAGUUUUGUCAUCUGAUCUACUUUUAUUUCUUUCUUUUACUUGUUCGUUCUUUCGUUAUUUCUUGCUUUCUUUCGUUCUUUAUGUGCCUUUUUCUUUCCUAUUUUCUUUCUUUCUUUCUUUCUUUUUUCUUUCUUUCCAGCAGUAUCAUCUGUUCUAUUUUCUUUCUUUUUCCUUUUUCUUUCUGUCUUUCUUUCUUUCUUUUUCUAAUUCAUAGCACAGUAUCAUCUGAUCUGUUUUCUCUCUUUCUCUCUUUCUUUCUUUAUUCUUCUUUCUUUCUUUCUUUCUUUCUUUCUUUCUUUCUUUCUUUCUUUCUUUCUUUCGUUGAAAGCCAUAGCCAUGUCAUCUGGUCUAUUUAUUCUUUCUUUCUAUCUUUCUUCACAAUUUCCACACAUAUUUUCCAGCCAUCGCCUAUUUUCCUGUCAAUUUUCUUUGUGAAUCUUCCCCAUUACUGA